UCGACAUCCGGUAGACUGUCGGACCCUUGUUGAGGUCGGACCGGAAGCAGCGUGAGGUUACCGAAGUCUGUUCUGAAGUCUUGCACCUGAUCUCAGAUCCCUACCUUAAAAGUCCUCUGAGCUGUCUGCGCUGCACAGACGAGAUGUUGAGAAGUGCCUCAGCACAGAUUUUCAGACAGGUGGUGCGAUACAGAAGCACUGACACCAGCCUCAUCCUGGAGAGAUCGAUAAACCGUGUGCAGCUGUUAGGCCGAGUGGGUCAGGACCCAGUGAUGAGACAAGUGGAGGGUCGUAACCCGGUUACCAUCUUCUCCUUAGCAACCAAUGAAAUGUGGCGGUCUGGAGACGGAGAGAUGAGUGCAACAGGGGACAUCAGCCAGAAGACGACGUGGCACCGCGUGUCGGUGUUCAAACCUGGUUUGAGAGACGUGGCCUACCAGUACGUCAAGAAAGGGUCGAGGAUUCUCGUAGAGGGGAAGCUGGACUACGGAGAAUAUGUGGACAAGAACCAAGUCAGACGCCAGGCCACCACCAUCAUCGCAGACAACAUCGUCUUCCUGAGCGACAACAUUCGAGACAGAACUUGAAGCACUUUAUCUUUUGUCACCACCCAACAACAAGUCAACUUCUUUUUGUAUUCUCUGCAAAAUAAAGACUGAGGACCUGAACGCCACCAAGUAAAGGAACUGACUUACCCAAGUAGAAGGGGGACAGAUUAUGUUGUGACACUCCGGUCGCGUUUGACUGUGACGCCUCCUGCACACCUUGAGGCAUCAAGAGAAGCCGAAAGAACCCACUUGUGUAGUAUAAAUACACGAAUACUGAUUAUGGUUUUAUUCGUACUACUUGUACUGAACCGUUAAGAUACCGUUUAUGCCCUUUUUCUGUGUACUCAAGUUGGAUGUAUGAGAAUAAUGUUUGAAAUACGAGUUUAAGAGUCAAAUGUUUUCACUGUUUGACUCCGUGCAAGAUGUUGUAGCUCUGUUAAGAGCAACUCUUACUUGUGUCCUUAGACUAAGGUUAUUGUUUUUCUUUGCAUUAGUAAAAACUCAGUGAAUCAGAAUUGUUUCUAGGUGAGGAAAACUGUACAAACUACCAGUCUGAUGUUUCUAGGAACUAUUUGCAGCUGCAGGUUAAUUGUGGUCAUUUCAAGGGAUUUGUUGACAAUAAGAAAGAAAUAUAGAUCAUCUCCAGAUGGUCCUUCUUGUAUGUCUCGCUCGUCUGCUAAAUGUCAGCUGGGACUUUUUUUCAUGCAAAUCUCUUGUCAAUGAAAGUUGUUCAACUGGAGAGAAAUGUGUGUAUUUGCUGAAAUGCUCGAGGGUUUAAAAAAGAAAACGAGAGAGAGACCAGCAUGCAAAUUUAGAGGAAGCGCAUUCAAUUAAAUUUAUCCUUUCCCCCCCCCGUCCCUUCUGCAAUCAGUUUUUCUGUUCACAUUCCUGCGUUGUGCAGUUAUAACAUUACUGUAUGGAUUUGAUGUUUUAUCUAGUCCUGUUUUCGGCUUUGUCUUUUUCUUUCAGCUAUCACUCUCAUCUGUUUUUCAUUUCCUUCCUGGUCAGUGACUUGUUGAUUUCAGGUCACAGUGCUGGGACAUUUCUCUGUAAUGGUUGCUAUAACAGACCUUAUUUUCUAGACU